UGCAAGCAAAGUUGUUUUAGAUAAUACAUAUAGCAGAGAUGAAUUAUGCAUCAAACUUAGUAAGUCUCUGUACAAAAAAUUUGCAAGUAGAUUAUACGAUGAUAUAAAAGAAGGGAAUCUACAUGAUGUUUUUUUAAAUAAAGCUCUCUUAGACCCAAUUUUCAAAAAACAAUUCAUAAACAUUUUGACAGACAUGCCAUACGAGUAUACCAUGUCGUAUUUCUUAUACCCAAGAGAGAGAUAUUUUGAAAAUGUUAUUCUCAACGCAAAGAAACAUAGUGAAAAGCAUAACGAAGAAACAGAAUUACAGAGAGAGUUUGAAAGACAAAAUCUUCUUCUGGGCCUCAGAUGUAUCGGCAACAGAAAAAUUUAUGAAAUACGCGCCAUCAGUUUUAUCAUUUAUUAUGGUCAUCUCGAUUUACUAAAAUAUUUUAUGGAAUUUGUUGUCAGGCAUCAUCAAGAUAAAUCUGUCAUUUUUGGAUCUACACAGGAAGAACAAGUAAAAUUACUCGUAUUGGCGUGUUAUAAUGGCAAUUUAAGUAUAGUUAAAAUCCUGAUAGAACAUAUCGGAAAAGAAAGCAUUAACAAGAUGCCUAUGGGGGAAAUCAAACCAAUUGACAAUCGUCACAGAUGCAUAACCCCCGUGAUUGCCGCAUGCUUAAGAAUGAAUUAUGAUGUUGUUAAAUAUCUUUAUGAUAAUGGAGCAGAUUUUAAUCCCCCAAACAGUAUAUAUCCUGCUCUGUGGGUACCAACAAGAAUUGGGGACCUUGAAACAGUAAUCAAAUUACUUAAUUUUGGUGCUGAUUGUAACAAAUGUGAUAUUAGAGGAUGCUCUCCCCUGGCUUUGGCGUCAAAAUUCGGUCACGAACAUAUCGUAGUAAAACUUAUCGGGCACAGUGCAGAAAUAAAUAUGUGUGAUAUCCGAGGUAAGUCGCCUCUCUAUUUAGCUUCAAUGAAUGGCCAUCUUCUUAUUGUAAAACAGCUUAUUCGAAAAAAGGCUAACAUCAAUAACACAGAUAUUCACGGUCAGACAUCUCUACACUUAGCAUCACAAAAUGGUCAUUUGUCCGUUGUAGAGACAUUGAUUGAGCACGGUGCGGAUUGUGACCUCUCUGAUAAAAAUAACUUGACACCUCUCCAUAGAGCAGCAUUAAGAGGCCACGCUUCCGUUGUAAACAAGUUAAUAAAGCAUGCUGCAGACAUCAACAAGUGUGAUAAUCAUGGCCAGUCAGCAUUAUAUCUAGCCUCAUGGAAAGGACAUCUAUCUGUUGUAGAAAAACUCAUUGAACGUGAUGCUGACAUCAACAAGUGUAAUAUGAAAGAACAGUCGCCUUUACAUUUAGCGUCUAGAGAGGGUCAUUUAUCAGUAGUUGAAAAACUAAUAGAACAUGCUGCUGACGUCACAAAGGUUGAACUUCAGGGUCUAUCAUGUCUUCAUUUAGCAUCACAACAUGGUCAUUUGGCAGUUGUCGAAAUAUUAAUUGGGCACGGUGCUAGUGUCCUCGAUGGUGAUGAAAAUAAUACAACACCUCUACAUUUUGCGUCCGUAAAGGGCCAUCUUCCUGUGGUCCAAGCACUGAUUCGGCACGGUGCUGUUGUCAACAUAAGUGAUAUUCAGGGUCGUUCAUCUCUGUAUCUAGCGUCAUUGGAAGGUCAUUUAACUGUUGUAAAAAAACUUAUUGACUUCGGCGCAGAUAUCAACAUCUCUGAUAUUCACGGUCAGACAUCUCUACAUUUAGCAUCACAAAAUGGGCAUUUGUCAGUUGUAGACACAUUAUUCGAGCAUGGUGCAGAUUGUGACCUCUGCGAUAAAAAUAACUUAACACCUCUGCAUAAAGCAGCAUUUAGAGGUCACGUUUCUGUUGUUAACAAGUUGACAAAGCAUGUUUCAGACAUCGACAAGUGUGAUAAUCAUGGUCAGUCAUCAUUAUAUCUAGCAUCUUCCGAGGGCCAUUGUGCUGCUGUUCACAAACUUAUUGAACACGGUGCCGACAUUAAUAAGUGUAAUGUGGAAGGUCGAACGCCUCUACAUAUAGCAUCAUCAAAAGGCCAUCUUCCUGUUGUAGAAAAGCUUAUCGACAGUGAAGCUGACAUCAACAAGUGUGAUAUGAAAGAACAGUCGCCUUUACAUUUAGCGUCUAUGGAAGGUCAUUUAUCUGUUGUUGAAGAACUAAUAAAAAAUGGCGCUGACGUCAAGAAGGUUGACCUACAGGGCCUAUCAUGUCUUCAUUUAGCAUCACAACAUGGCUAUUUACCUGUUGUCGAAACAUUAUUAGCUUAUAUUGCUUCCUGUUUAAGAAAUGAUAAAAAUGACAUAGCACCCCAAGGUCUUUCGUCAAAAAGUAACUAUAUGCCUGUUGUAAAAGAAUUUAUAAACUACAAACGUGAUAUUCAUGGAAGGAUAUCUCUAUUUUUAGCAUCAUCAAAUGGUUAUCUUUCUAUUGUAGAAAAACAUAUUGAGUACGGUGCUGACCUAAAUAUGUGUGAUAUUUAUGGUCAGUCGUCUUUACAUAUAGCUUCACAGAAUGGUCAUUUGUCUGUCGUAGAAGCAUUAAUCUCGAACGGUGCCGACUGUAAUCUAUGCGAUAAAGAUAGAAUUACACCUCUUCAUCGAGCGUCAUUCAAUGGAUAUGCUUCCAUUGCUGAAACACUACUGGAACAUGGUGCCAAUAUCAAUAGUCUUGAUAUAAAUGAUAAGUCAUCUAUAUAUUUAGCUUCAUUGAAAGGUCAUCUACCUGGUGUAGAAAAACUUAUCGAACACAAUGCUAACCUCAACAUGUGCAAUAUUCGCGGUUUGUCAUCUUUGCACAUAGCAUCAAACAAUGGUCAUUUGUUCGUUGUAGAUACACUAAUAAAGCACGGUGUUGAAAUUGAUUGUUGUGAUAAAAAAAGAUUAACACCCAUACAUUUUGCAUCAUUAGAAGGUCACUAUUCUGUUGUAGAAAAAUUAUUGAAACAUGGUUCCUCAAUUAAUAUGGUUGAUAUUAAUGGUAAGUCACCUUUAAUGUUAGCCUCAUUGAGAGGCCAUCUUACUGUUGUUCAAAAGCUUAUUGAGCAUGGUGCCGACAUCAACAUGAGCGAUGCAUCUGGAAGAUCAGCUCUAACCUUAGCGUCACUAAAAGGACAUCUUCAUGUUGUAGAAAAACUUCUUGAACACGGUGCGGAUAUCAACAAAUGUAAUUUGUAG